UUACCGCAGUACUACCGCAGUGCUACCAGUACAGUACUCUGUAGUAGUAGUACUCUGUAUCACGUACUAUAACUACUGUAGUACGUAAUAUACAGAGCAAUUGACAUUAUCAUGUGCGAAAUGUGUUUUAUUAUCAAGCUCUCUGGCUGGGCCAGGUUCUGAUACUUCGUUACCAGAUUGAAGUUUGAGUUAUCUUUUGCUUAAUCGCUAAAAGUCGUAUUGAUCGAUUGUUCAAGAUAUCGUAUUGGGCUCCGUGUGCAUUACAAAAAUUCUAAAAUCAUUUAGCAUUCGAGUUAUCUUUAACUUUUAUUGGAAGUUUGUACUUACAUUUAAAGAAAUUUAAAAGAAUAAAUUUUCUACCUACAAUUUCUCAUUUUCAUCACUUGGUGGCAUCAUAUAGUUAACUUUUAUGCACAGAUUAUUUCAAAGUUUCCAAAUCAUUAUUUCGCCAGAGCCUUUUAAUUGCUAUUUCAAGAUCCAUCCUCAUUUUCAUCACCAAUGUGCAAUUUAACCAAUAAGGCUCAGAAUUAAUUAAUUUGUAUGUACUGUUAUGAAUGAUUUUGUCUUUCGAGUUUUGAAAAAUAACUUUUUCACAGCUAGAAGAUGAGGAUGCAAGUCGUCCUCCUUCACUUCCUCUUCGGUGCUUCAUACUACCUCGGUGCUGAGGGGGUUUGCAAGACUGAUCUCAAUGAUGUGGAACAGUUGGUUCUUGACAAACAUAAUUCGAGUACCGAGCUAGGCACCAAGACACACCCCCGCUCUGUUAUGCAGAGAUUACUGGUGAUGAUGUUGAGUUCACGGCUCAGGAAUGGGCCGAUCAUGUUGGGGAGACCGGUAAAUUUAAACAUACUCCAAAUCCUAAAGUAUACGGUGAGAACAUGGCCUGGUCGUCUUUCAGAGGAGAGGAUCCUGAUCCAGCACCUUUUUACACUUCUGGCAUGGAGCGUUGGUACAGUGAGAUAAGAAACUGGGACUUUGCACUGAGCAAGGGGAGGAUGACAACUCAUUUUACUCAGAUUGUUUGGAAAAGUUCGACACAGUUGAACUGCGGAUUUUCAACGUCUGAAACUCUUCGUAGAGCUUACGUAAUCUGUCAAUACUGGCCCAAAGGAAACUGGGGGUCCGAAUAUCCGGUGAAAGUUCUCCCAUUGAUAGGGUUUGAACCUGAAGGAGAUGAUUCUGAAAACGACUUAGAAAACGAUUCAGAAUCAGAAAAAGAUAACACCUCUGAGGAACAGGCAGACAACUUUAUUGAAGGCCCAGAGAACUUGAUCUUUGGAUCUAAAGAAGAAUCUAAGGAGAGAGCUAAGGAUGAGCCUAAGGAGGAACACCAGGAAAAACCUAAGGAGGAACUUAAGGAGGAGAAAGAAAAGGCUGAAAAGGGAGACAAAAAAGUGAAACAAAAAGGUUGCAAGACUGACCUCAGUGAUAUGGAACAGUUGGUUCUUGACAAACAUAACGAGUACCGAGCUAGGCACCAAGACACACCCCCGCUCUGUUAUGCAGAGAUUACUGGUGAUGAUGUUGAGUUCAUGGCUCAGGAAUGGGCCGAUCAUGUUGGGGAGACCGGUAAAUUUAAACAUACUCCAAACCCUAAAGUAUACGGUGAGAACAUGGCCUGGUCGUCUUUCAGAGGAGAGGAUCCUGAUCCAGCACCUUUUUACACUUCUGGCAUGGAGCGUUGGUACAGUGAGAUUAGAAACUGGGACUUUGUACUGAGCAAGGGCAGGAUGACAACUCAUUUUACUCAGAUUGUUUGGCAAAGUUCUACUCUUCUGAAUUGCGGAUUUUCAACGUCUGAAACUCUCCGUAGAGCCUAUGUGGUUUGUCAAUACUGGCCCAAAGGAAACUGGGGCCGGCAGUCUGAAUAUGCAGCAAAAGUUCGCCCACCGCUGGGUUUUGUACGUGAAGAAAGUGCAGUUUCCGAGCCAACAGAGAAGCCAGUAGAAGAUUCAGAGAACGAUCCAGAGGACAAUUUAAAAGACCAUUCUGAAGAGGAUUCUUCAGAGGACGAUUCAAAAGGCCAACCAGAAGCUGAUAAUGGUGCAGAGUCCGAUCCAAAAGUGGAUUCGGAACAGAAUUUAGAAAACGAUUCAGAAGAUGAUAAUGGGGUCACCUCAGAGACACAAUCAGAUAUUUUGAAUAAUCUUCUCGAGAACUUGACAUUUGAAGUUGCAGAAUCUGAUCUGAAAGAUGAUUCAGAAUCUGAUCUGAAAGAUGAUUCAGAAGAUGAUUCAGAAGAUGAAUCAGAAGAAGAUACAGAAGAUUAUUCAGAAGAUUAUUCAGAAGAUGAUUCAGAAGAAGAUACAGAAGAUGAUUCAGAAGAUGAUUCAAAAGAUGAUUCAGAAGAUGACACAGAACAGGAUUCUGAAGAGGAAGACAGAGUGAAGACAAAGGGUUGCAUGACUAAUCUGAAUGAAAUGGAACAGUUGGUUCUUGACAAACAUAACGAGUACCGAGCUAAGCAUCAAGACACACCCCCGCUCUGUUAUGCAGAGAUAACUGAUGAUGAUAAGGAGUUCACAGCUCAGCAAUGGGCCGAUCAAGUUGGAGAGACUGGUGAAUUCAAAAUGUCGCCCUGGCCUAGGGCGUUCGGAGAGAACGCAGCCUGGUCGUCUUACAGAGGAGAAGAUCCCGACCCUGGUCCAAUUCUCCUUUCUAAUAUUGAACGUUGGUACAACAAAAUAGAAAACUGGAACUUUGAGCUGAGCACGAGCACGGCCAUGGCAAGUCAGUUCACACAGGUAAUAUGGAAGAGUACGACGCAGCUGAAUUGUGGGUUUAGAACGUCUGCAACUCUCCGGAGAGCAUACGUGUUUUGUCAAUACUACCCCAAAGGAAACUGGAGGUCCCAAUAUCCAACACAAGUUCUUCCAUUGAUAGGCUACCAAGUUAAAGAGACGUGCAAUCCCGAGGAUGCAGAAGUUGAUAUUCCUGGAGGAAGCUAUCAUACUUCCAGAGAACAGGUCACUAGCUACGUCAUGGGAGACGUUGUGGACUAUACUUGUAACGAAAACUUUGUAAUAGAUGGAAACCCCUCUAUAAUGUGUAAAGGAACUAAGUUUAGCAGCAAAGCUCCAAAGUGCACAGCGAUCAACACAAAUUGCGACGAGUUUAUCGUGAAGAAUGGAAAACUCAGCAUCAAGCAUCCCUAUAUAACUAAAGAUGAAGUACAAGUAACGUGUGCCACAGACUACAUUCCUAUCGGACCAAACCCGAGGAAGUGUGCUGAGGGUGGAUGGGAGGAUACGGCACCUAUCUGCAUUAAACAUGAUGGAGGACAAUGUAUCCCGUUAAGUGCCCCCGUUAACGGUAACAUAGCUUGCUCGGAGGAAGAUGAGGGAAGAUACGUGGCAGGGACGGAGUGUACUGUGAGCUGUGAGGAAAAUUUCCUGGCUUUACCGGCUUCUGUUAAAGAAACCACUUGUGAGGACAAUAAGUUCAAAUGGAUACACCAGAACCCAAAAAAUCUUCUCGGAUUCUUUCGGCCUUGCAUAAGAAUGAUAGCACCGGUAAGCAAGAAGUUGAAAAACAAAGUUACUAUCGGAGAUGUUUACUGUCAGAACGACGACGAGAAAGCAGCAAUAAGUGCAGCUUUAAUGACCUUUCUCCAGGAUACACUCAGUAUUUCCUGUCUUCGUAAUGGACAGUGUCAGGUGGAGUUAGUGAUUUGUGAGUUGAACGGUGAUAAGAAUAACAUCGCACUUACGUUUGAAGUGGUACAGAAACACGGCAUGCUAAGGAGUGCUCUAUUAUUAGAAGCUAAGAUAAAGAUUGAAAAUAGUGUUAAGUCAGACAGAUUCACUCUGAGUAUUGAUGAGAACAAGAGGCGGAGAAAGAGGGCGGUGUCCCUGUUAGCAGAUAGAGAUUCUCUGGAGGUUGAAGAGGAAGUGAUCUGCAGAGAGGGAGAGGUUAUCCAGGAGGGAGUCUGUGUAAAUUGUCCUGCUGGCUUCAAGACAGUAGAAGGAGCAUGUCUACCCUGCGAGAUAGGAACACACAAUGCAGCUGAGGGAGCAAUAGAGUGCAUACCAUGUGGUGGAGAUAACACCACCUACACUACAGGUUCUACUAACAUUCACCAGUGCUAUCAUCUCUGUAUCGUUCCAGAUAUACCGCAAGGCUCGCUGAACCAGGAAACAGGUUACAAGGUGGAUCCUACCUACACACUCACUCUCUCGUGUGAGGAUGGUUACAGUGCCAGUGCCACUUCCUUCCAGUGUGACACCUUCUCACCAGACACACACAAGUGCAAACUGCACGGAGGCUGGACAGACGACGGUGAUUGGUCGGAAUGCUCUCAAGAAUGUGGAGGUGGGACCCAGACCCUAACUAGAACCUGCACCAACCCUGCACCAGAGUACGGAGGAGAUGACUGCGUGGGUGAUGCGGAGGAACACCGGCCUUGUAAUGAACAAGUCUGUCCAGUUAUCUACGCGAACUACACCACCUGUGACUGUUGGACCCCCCAGUGUGGCUACUGCUCCCACUUGGGCUGUACUGUGAAACAAGAUCUCUUCAACUCUGAGAACGGCAUUGCUGUCAGCUCUAUCCUUAACCACAGCCGAUAUGUACCCAUCCUGUUUUAUGACGAAGUCGGGAACGAACUCGGACAAUUCCAGUGGAAUAAACGAGGCAUUUUCCUGACAGGUUGCAUAUCAUGUGCCACACCCGCCGCUUUAAAGAAGAAAUGUAACAGAGUAGUGCCAACCCUUUGGGCAGUUUCCAUCAACAACGGAGUUGUGAAAAUAAAGAUCGGUGGAGAGGUUUUGUAUGAGAAUAAGUUGACGGGAUCCUGUCGUGAACAGUACUACACAGCUAAACGGUUCUCUUUCACUGGAAAUCCUGCCGAAAGUGUGUUUUCGUUUGUGCCAGAGGAGAUGGAAGUUGGAGAAAAGGUUACCAGUACUGGUUGUCCUGGGACAGUCGGUUGAUAUUUGGAUAUUUACGGUUAUUUGGGAUUCUUGCAGAAGUAGAGACAUUUAAGAACAUUUUUGAUUUUUAGUUUAAUUUUUAUGUUUUCGUCAUUUGAUUAGACCUUUUUAUGUAAUUUAUCAUUUUUCAUUUUUAAGCAAGGAUUCUGCAUGUUUGGUUGAGACGGAAUAGUGUUUGUGUACAUCUUGUAUAUCUUGUAUAUC